AUGGACAUGCCAGAUGAUGUGUUGCUUGAAAUCUUCUCUUGGUUACCUGCAAAGUCUAUCUGCAAGUUUAGAUGUGUCAACAAGUUCUUCAACACUUCCACUUCAAAAGAGAUUUAUUUUGUCCAGAAGCAGGUUCACAAUUCCUUGUCAAAGGAUGAUGAUUCAUGUUUCUUUCUCCAACCAAAAUGGGGUCAGAGCUAUGGUGCAAAACAUGAAUUUCAUCAUUCAUCUACAAAGAACCUGAUCUCUGGUGUCUCUGAUAAGUUCUUACAGUUUUUAGAACAAUACCCGGCUUGUAGGAUUGUGGAUUCAAGUAAUGGCUUGAUUCUUGGUCGGAGUAAUAUAGAGUUAUUCAUUUGUAAUCCGGUAACACAGUCAUGGAUUCCUAUUCCCACUCCAGACUAUCUGAAAAAAUAUCCUGGUGCUGAUUUGAAAAUUGUAUUGGAGUGUAGUCUUGAAGAUUCAAACGAUUUCAUGCUUUUUUUAUUUGAAGUUCAAGAUGAUUGGGCUUCUCAAUACCAUGACGUGAAAUUCUACUCUGCAAAAGAGGCUAUGUGGAAAGGGAUUGAAACAAGCUUCUUUAUUGGUGAUAGACCCCUGAUAUUUGACACGCACGUUUAUCAUAAAAAAGCCCUUCACUUCAUGUCCAUUUGUUAUGGUUUUUCUAGGGAGAAGCCAUAUAUAAUGGCUUACAGCAUUGAAGAUGGAAGUUCAAGAAUGCUUAGAAUCCCAAGAGAAGCUAAGGCUGGAUCUCAGCACUUGACCUGCCAAAUGAGAAUAUACAAAUGGGGGAAAUCAGCAAGUUCAAAUCAGUCAAUUUGUUUGGUGAGAUUAAGAAAGAAAGUUUUUGUUGUAUGGGUUUUAACUGAUUACGAGGCUAACAAGUGGAGAAAGAUUUUGAAAAUAAGAGUGAAGGCAAUGGGUAUGAAAGAAGAAGAUCCUAUCGCUGUGACAGGAUUCACGGUUAUGAACGGCGAGCAAUUGUUUUUUGCAACAAAAGAGAAGGUUUAUGGAUAUGGAUUGAGAGGAGAGAAUUAUAUGAAGCUUGAAGAAAUUUGUGAGCAUGGCUUUGGAUGCCACACGACUCGCUUUACUGCCUACUCUGAUACGCUUUGUUCUUGUGGUGACGGUGCUGCAACAUUACCGUUGCCGCAACAACAUUGA